AUGGAGAUGAAGCACCUGGCAACUGGCGGAAGCUCCAAGCUCCAAUGGCGCACCGGCGGCACUGGUUUGCUGGUGUUCUGUUCGGUCGUUUUGGCCGUUCUCCUACUCCCGCUGCUGACCGGGACUACGAUCGCGGAAAGCUAUGGCUACGAUUCGGCCUCGUCGUGCGAUCCCACCCGAACAUCGCGCCGGGGCCGAUCGCAGCUACUGAAGACAAUCCCGUGCGACCUAAGCGUCCAGGCGUACUGCAACCUGCCCGGAUCGGCCUACCCGUGGCAUGCGGUGCGUCGGUUCGUGCACGAAAACCAGGGCCUCAUGCGCCGGAUGUACGGUGACGUGCGCCACAUCUCGGUGCUGAAGGGUGAGAUCGAUAACAACGAGAUCGACGUCGACGACAUCGAUCGGGCGGCCGAACGGUACGCGCGACCACACGCCAAACGGCGGCCCGAGGCUGGAAAGCGGUUAAAGUAUCUGCGACCAGCAUCCCAGUACGAGGUGCCGCCGCCGGCAACCGGCGGAGCUGGACACUAUUUGACACGGGACAAAAACAACGAGAUCCCCUUCAAUGAACCCCAUUUUCGGCCAGCGCAACAAAAGACAACCUCCACGACAACCGUGGCACCGUCCAGCAGCAGCACCAGCAUUCCGGCGACCACAGCACCGACGACUGCGAACCCGAUAACCACCGCCCGGAGUACGGAAUCUUCAACGACCGGCGAAUCACCACCGCACAGCAGCAGCAGCAGCAGCAGUGGCGGCAAUGUUACAACCGAGGGGCCAGUUUCGACAACAGAGGCCCCUGAAACGAAUGAAAUUGUUAGUACGAGCGAGCGGACCACGGCUGCGUCGAAUAAAACCUUCGUCGGAGAUAUCUUCCUGGCUGCCACCGAUCCGGCCAACGGUACGUUCAUAAGCAACAGCAUUCCCAUUGGGUCACCGAUCGAGCCGCCGAUCGAUCUGCCCGCACUGUCUUCCCUGGCGAAGCUGGACACGGACAACGUUGCGGGUGACGGUGGGGACGGCAAUGGAAAGAUAUCGUCCACACUGAAGCUCGUAACGACGACGACGACGACGGCCAAGACGGUCGAGGUUGAGUCCACCAUCGGUGGCUAUCCGAACGAUCGGCUGGACACGGUCGAUGGGGACGAUGCCCUGGGAACGGUUGAGCUGGAAACGGUAACCGGUAACACGGUAACCACCGAGGCCGAAGAGGCCUCGGUCCCAGCAGCGAGCAGCGCGCUCCAUUCGCAAAAGAUUCGCUUCGAAAGCAUCAAACCGUCGGCGGCAGCGUCGGCAAAGAAACCUCCUGGGGCCACCGCCGAGGGACAGCUUUUUCAGGAUGCGGCCCAAAAAGAGACCCCAACGACCGUCACUGGGCGAGGCGUCAAUGCGUGCCCGGUGAAGGAGGAAGUGGUGGCCCCGUUCUGGGCGAACAACACCCGGGGCGAGGUACUGGCCCUGCUCAAUCUGUACCCGUUCGAGCAGUACGUGCACUGGGAGAAGUGUACGCACGAGCUGAAGCAAAUGUACUGCCGCGAGGGUUGCCGCUGCGAGCAGCAGUUCCGGCUGCACCGGCUGCUCGCGUACGAUCCGCACAACGAGUGCCGCGGGAUCUUCUCGGACUGGUUCCGGUUCCCUUCGUGCUGCAUCUGCAAGUGCUACGAUAUGCCGUUCGACGUGCGCGUCACUUCGCGCAGUCCGCGCUCGCUGACGAAGGAAUCGAUCGAGCAGGCCGAAGACGAGCUCCAGAAUGCCAUCUACGAGCACGCGAUCGACGACUGGUACCGGCGGCCAAAGGACGACGAUGGGGACGGCGUCGACUGA